UUUAAAUUUCAUCUGAAAAACAUUGGAAUGGGGCGAUUGAAUGACCUACCCGUUGAUGAAUGAGUGGGAUGGUCAGUUGUUUGGGUCGCUCUAGAUUUUCGUGCUUGGAACCAGAGCACCCACCAGAGAGGUUAUUCUGGUAGGACAAAGUCCAUUUGAUUGUUUGCAACGCACUGCUUUUCAACUGCUCUCAAUUUGGAGAUCUUGGCAGAUGCCACUGGUUUGUUUGUGUGGCAAUAUAAAAGCCCUCUAUCCAAUAACAGUCUUUAUUAAUAUCAGCAUUGGCAGUGCUGACUUGUCAUCUCCUCCUCAUUUAUUGUGCAGUUUUUCUUGUGCAGCAUGUUUACUCAAACUCAGUGUCUCACAUGCACUGUCAGCAGUGAGUUGAUUUAGCUCAGCAAACUAUAUAGUACCAGUUUAUAACCUACUCCAUACUUCACAGAUCCACGAAUCUACACACUCGAGUUUGAUGUUUGACCCCAAGGUCUCUCAAUAUUUACAUCUAUGAAGAGGUAGGUACUAAGACUAUAUGAGGUAAAGAUCAAUGAAAGUUGAAAUGUAACAGCCUGCUCUGAGACUGCCAACCCCUACAGCCAAGAAUUUUCCCAUUGCCUAUUUUGUGCUUUUCUUUCCUAAUUCAGGGCUGGAUCCUACAACUGGAGAUUUGCACGACAAUCUUCUAGAACAUGAACUUGUGUUUUCUGGCAUUCCUCCUCCUUUGUUAUGCCAAGCAAGGCUGGACGGAAGAUACAAUUGAACCAGAGGAUGGAGCGGAUCAUUUAAUUACUAUCAUCCCACUGCUGCCAAGUGAACCCAUAUCAGAUGUGAAGGGCACUCUUGACCCCACCAUAACAGAAGCACACACGGGUACUCCAGAUGGCCUGGAAGCAGAUUCUUCAGCCACGGUUCCCUCUCCUGGACAGAAAGAGGGCUCCUCUGAGGAGGACCUUGAUACGCUCUGUGAUGGGGAAAUGUCUAGCCAACAGAUUAAGCGGACCAUAGGCAACGGCAUUAUGAAGCUUGGCCUUUGGUUCCUGGAAAACUUGAAGCCUAGUCCAGAGCAGCCCAAUGUCAUAAUUUCCCCUCUUAGCUUGUCCGUUGCACUCUCACAGCUAGCGCUGGGAGCAACAAAUGAGACGGAAGAGCUGCUUCUACACCACCUGCAUGCAGACACGCUGCCCUGCUACCACGCUGCCCUCAGCAGCCUCCUGCGUAAUUUCCGCAAAAGGAACCUGUCUAUCGCCAGCCGCAUCUAUCUGACAACUGGAUUUAAAGCAAAACAGGCGUUCAUGGAGAAUUCUCAGAAACUGUAUGACUCAGAGCCGGCCACUUUGACUGAUAUCAGUGACAUCAAUGAAUGGGUUAAGAAAGCCACAAAUGGACACAUCUCAGAGUUUCUGUCCAGUCUCCCUCUCAGCACCGUUAUGAUGCUGAUCAAUGCUAUGCACUACAAAGGAGAGUGGCUCACCCGCUUUGACCCUCAUUUCACCUCCUCUGAGCUCUUCUACAUAGAUGAAAACCAGAUUGUUAAUGUGGACAUGAUGCUUGGGCCUAAGUAUCCUCUCAGUGUUUUCACCCACCAUGAGCUGGAUGCCCAGGUUGCUCGAUUCCCCUUUAAAGGCGACAGGAGUCUACUAGUGGUAAUGCCAACAUCUGGACAUGUGAAUGUGUCAGCCAUUGCAGCUAAGCUCAAUAUCUCAGAUCUUUAUAUUCGAUUACCACGAGAAAGAAACAUGCAGGUCAAACUCCCAAAAUUCAAACUUGAUUUCAACCAGGACCUCCAAGAUGCCAUGACAAGCAUGGGUCUAGGGAUGCUAUUUAGUCAUCCGAAGCUGGACCGCAUCUCCGAGGGCCCCUUGUUUGUGUCCAGUGUGCAGCAUAUGUCCAGUAUUGAGAUCAAUGAAGAAGGGGCAGAGGCAGCGGCGGCAACAAGUGUGGUCAUCUCACGCUCCAACCCUUCAUUUACUGUCAAUCAGCCAUUUUUCUUUGCCCUAAUGGAUGACUUGAGUCAAACGCCAUUUUUUCUGGGAGUAAUUUCCAACCCAAACCCUGGAGCAUCCACUAUGGUCACAAACUCUGGCAAUUCAGACAAAACUAGUGACAAGCCACAAUCUUUUGAAGUUCAUCCAAAGUAGUUUUCAUACUUUUAGCAGAAUGAGUCCAUAAAUGAUUGUUGACUGCAUAGUUGGUCCCCACUGGGAGGCAAAUUAAGGACAUAUUUUCUAAAAGUAAACAUGAGGUUUAUAAGAUAAUUUGAAAUUACUCCCCCUAUGUGAAUUAAUGUUGUUCUAAAUGUCCUUGCUAGAACAAAUCUUGUUAAAAAGUCAUGAUUUAUUUCUUCAUUUUUUUUUUUUUUUUUUUUUUUAAUUAAAGAAAUUUGAAGAGAAA